AAUAAUACAGAAAUAUAUAAAAAAUAAAGUAAAAAGUGUGUGUUUAAUUAAUUUUUUAUAUAUUGUCAAUUUGUUUUUGUAUUUUUGCUAAAACAAAAGUAUUGAGAACCUCUGCGAACUCCUCCACCUUCUACGAUAUACACGAAAUUCGUUUUAUAAAUGUGUGUGAGUGUAUGAUAUCAUGUAUGACGUCACCCUAUGGAUCAGUAUUCGUGGUACGGCUUGAGAAGCGCACGCACUUCAGUCAUUCACAGACGGUCAUCUAGCGAUCAUUUACCUUUGAGGAAGAUGUUGAUAACCUUGAAGAAUCCAUGACCGAAAUACGUUUGGUCUCAUCAUAAUAAACAAUCAUGUCUCAUUCUGUAAUAAUUAGAACGCAAACAGUGACGACCAACUCAACUGCGAUUGUUAUUAAUACAGGAUAUAUAAAAACUUGGAGUGGAAUUUUAAAAUUUUUACAACUCGCUUUGGGAAUCGUUUGCGUAGGCAUUGCCGGUGAUCACUUUAGACCGAGAAAUUAUAAUACAACCACGGAUUUAUUCUUCCUUUUAAUAGUAACAACGUUUAUGAUAGGAACUUUUAUUUUGUUACUAAGUUGUUUGUCUUCCCUUUCUACCGCAUCUAUAAUAUCGAAAACGAUAUACGAACUAUUUUAUCAUUCAAUAGCAUUUGGACUUGUCCUUUCUGCAUCCUUGACAUUACUGGUACAAGUAAAUAAAAAUAAUUCCAGAGAAUACGAAUUGCUGUUAGGUGCUUCUAUUUGCGGUCUCGUAAAUUCAGCGCUGUAUUUGCUUAGUACAAUAAUAGCACUUCGUACCUACAGGGGUAUUUAAGUGCUAUUGACCUAAUGGCUCCAGUUAUGAACAAAACGAUGGAAACUAACUUAUCUUUAUAAUGCUUCAAAUUAAUUUAAUUGGAAUAUAUAUAUAUAUAUUUAAAUAUAUAUAUUUAUAUACAUUACAUAUAUUAGUUAUAUAGGUAUAUAUAUAUAUAUAUAUAUAAAUGAUUCGAUUGCAAAAUAACUUUGAAAUAAUACUCCUUUGGCUGUUUAGAUUUGUGUAAGUGACAUCAGAACUAAUAUAGUAUUUAUUUAUUAUUUUUUGAUAACGUAUUACAUAAAUAUUUAUAAUGUUUUUGUAGAAAUCAAGUUCAUACCGUAGUAGCUAUUUAA